UAUAAAUAAAUAUAAGAAAUGAGUUCCUUGUAUCACAACUCCUGGCUAUUACAAAUCAAUCCAUAUAUAUAUUAUAUUUCUACCUCCCCUUUAGCACUCAAUUGAAAAACACAUUUGAGCUUCUAAUUAAAAAAAAAACAAAAAAAACAAAAAAAAAAAAAAAACAAAGAGAAGAAAAGAGUAUUCAAAAAUCGAUAAUACAUAUAUAUGCGUGUGCGUUUGAAGGAACAUGCGUAUGUUUUUUAUGGAAAGCAUAAAUUAAAAUCAAAGAAACUUAAGAACUUAAGAAAAGAUAUUUGAUAAGGAAACGUUUAUUGGCGAAAAGUCAACUUUUUCGUAUGCCAAUCAAUACAAAUGGACGGAACUUAAUUGCAAUUACAAAACAAAAAAAAAAAAAAACAACAACAAUAGUUAAAGGGAGAAAAAUGUAUUAAAACAAAUAAAACAAAGUUAAAACAAUUAAAGCGCAUUUCUCUUCACAUUUCUAAAACAAAAUGUUUCGUUUAAACGCUUGGAUCCAAUAUUCGUGGUAUGCACUUAUAUUGGAGUUAAUUGCAUUUAAUAAUGGUCAGUACAACAUUGACAACAAUUGCUGCUGCUGGACAAAAUACUACUGGCAUCAAUAAUUUACAUCAAAAUUCAACGCCCGAAAGAGCACCAACCAGUACUCAAGAAACCGCAAAUCUUUUGCGUUAUCAGCAAAGAGCAACGGCUUCGCAACACCAGCAGCAAUACCAACAACAGCCACGACAACAUGCGCAAUUAGCAUCGCCGAUAACUGCGGUAGCAACAUCAACAAGUGGAAAUACACAAAAUAAUAUCUAUUGCUCAGUAGAAGCCAAUGAAGUCGAAGUCAAACCAGCUUCGAAGACUAAAAGCAACUUAACCGAUACAUGCGAAUACAAUCACAAUAAUAGCAGUAUUAAUAAUAUAACCCAUCGGAGACAUUGUCACGAUAGUCUAGCGGGAAACGAAGAAAACCCAAAACACGAGUCUACAUCUGUACCUCAGACGCUACUUUCGGCCUCGUCGCCAAUUAACGAUCAAAUCUCGUUACUAUUCCCCAAAUGUAAACCGAAAUAUACAAGUAAUACCAAUAGCAGUAAUAAUAGCAAUCGCACUGCAAUACCGUAUAGCAAUUGUACAGAUUCAACUGAUGUUAAUAAGCCUUUGCGAAAAGAAAAUUAUUCUGAUAAGAGCUUUAAAGCUCGUUUGAAACUAUUUAAUGGAAAUGAGCUCUCACAUGAGAGUGAAACCGAUGUGAUUAACGCGACGACGAAUAAUUAUUACAGAAGUGUUAACUUAAUUACACAAUCGCCGCCGCCACAUUCGGCGUCGUCAAUAUCCUCAGGUUCAUUAUCGUCCGUAACGCCACGUAUUUCAACAAAUCCAUUUCUCUGUAGUAGCUCGACGAUUAAGAAGGAAAAAAAAGACGAAACGGAUACGAAAGAAGUUAAAAACGAAACGAUUGCAAAAGAACGUAGAAAGGCACAAGACGAAGUAGAAGAUUUGACUAAUUAUUGUACGUUAUUUCAACACGGUUUAGAUUCUCCAUCUUCUCAGACGCAACGUCAUCUGUCAGGAGAAGGACGUCAAAUUCAAGGCGACGAUAUGCCUCGCAAACGUUCAUCUUACGAACGUUGUCACAACGCACAAACAUCUACAACAACCACCACCAGCAGCAAUAAUCAAAUUUACUUACAAGAAAAAUCUUACGGUUCACGCCCGAAAUCCCAACAGACUUCGACAGCAGCCGUUCAACAGAGCGAUCAUCAAAUUGGUCAAAAUCCUUUUACCAAGGACAAUUAUUGGGAGACGCGGCAACAUAAUACACCGGCCAACGCGAUAUUAAAUUCGCCUGAUUACAGUGGAAAUGGAGUUUCGGAAAUGGAAAUUAGAAACUCGCAAAAACGUUCCUUUCACCAUCAACCGGCAACGUAUACUGGCCGACAUCAGCCUCCAAUUACAGCCCAUCAUAUACGUUUAGGCCGCAGUCCAAAUAGUAGCGACAAAGAACAACCCGAUGCCAUCCAGAAACGUAACAACUACAAUACUCAGCAAUCGCAAACGCAAACGCAAACGCAAAUUCAGAAAUCUAAUCCAGGAUGCACUGAACACAAUUUUAGCAGCAUCGCCUCUCAUUAUUUAUACGGCAGUAAUACAUCUUUACAUGAACAAUAUCAAAUGGAAAAAUCUGAUAGAAGAGAACGAGAACUACAAGACCGUGAACGUGACCGUGAUCGCGAGCAACGCGAGCAACGUAGUAAAAUUCUUCAUGCCGAACGUGAACGAUAUACAACAGCUGCUCUAAUUCGUGAAUCAAUGAGCGAGCAAACCGCUUUAGAAAUACGUGAACGGCGUGAACGUCAAUUUCAUCAAAAACAUCAGUUACAUCAACAGAAACAUCAAAAACAACAGCAACGUCAAUUAACCGAAGAACAAUUAUUGGCUCAUAAUGAAGUGAUUACUGAUGACAAAGCGAAAAGUUGGCAAAAUUUACGCGUUAGCACAGAUCCUCAUACGCAAGUUAACAAUCGCACAACAACUCUAGCUCCUGAUACAAUCGAUAUUACGGAUACAUCUGUAGCUUUUGUUAAAUCCAAUCAGAAACGCAACACAAUUGAUGGUAAAGACGUUGACAUACAAAAGAGUACAACUAUUAUUAAUUCCGGAGAAUUGCAACAACUGUCACAUAAGAAAUAUAGAGAUGGCGAUUACGAAAUCAAUGUUGAAUCGCGUCACGGCAUUAUCGAAUAUGAAGGUUCACCGCGUCGUAUUGGACAGAUGAUAGGCAACGCUACAGACGAUGAACACGGCAGAGUAUCGAACGGUGUAACUCCGCUUAGCAGUAGUAGCAAAACAAAUCACUCCAUUACAGUAUCAUCACCAAAACAGUAUGCAGCUAGGCCAGGAUUUCCGCAACGCAUCAUAUCACCACCACGUGACACCACGCCACCGAUUAUGUUGCUCAAUUAUAAUGCAAACAAUAAAUUACAACAACAACAAAAACAGCAGCACCAACAACAAACGAAUUCACAGCAAACACUUACAGAUAACAAUGCCGAAGAUACAAGCAACGAUGUCUCAGAAAUCGGUACUAUAUCGGAUUUAACAACACCCGAUAACAAUAUUUCUGCCACAAAUACCUUGGGUGCUGUUAGCAUUGCUGGUGGUGGUUGUGGUGGUGGUGCUGGUGGUGCUGGUGGUGGUGGUGGUGGUAUUAACGAAGUAUUGGAACCUAUUUCAUCGCCCAAAGCUAUCAAGGAGAUAACAACAACAAUAACGGCAAUCACAACAAUAGCAAAUUCAACCGCACCGGCUGUCAAUAGUAGUAACACACCCACUAGCACUUCGCUAGCAACACUUUUGAAUGUGACAACAUCAACAACAUCCAGUAAUCCAUUAAGUAUACCCACAAAGUCAACGACCUUUGAUUACCUGUAUGAAUUCUCGGAAACGCGCAAAGUGCUAGAAGAAUUUUUCAAGUGCCCCUCAAAUGAGGACAAGCCUAUCAUUGAGAAUAUCAGUGAUGUUGAUAGCAUUGACAUACAAUAUGAAUUUCAUACUAAUCUGGGACGUGACAUUGAGGAUGACGACCACAUCGAAGGCGGCGAUGUUAAUUUGGAGGAUGAAGACGGUGACGAUGAUGGUAUGGAUGAGAAUGAUGAGGAUGAGGAGCAGCUGGAUGUGAAUAACGAAGAUAGCAAUAUUCAAUUGCGUAUACCGCAACAACAACAGCAACAACAACAACAACAACAUCAAUUGCAACAAGAACAACCGCAUCGCUUACCAGCACAAGUCACUCACUAUCCAAACCAUCAACGCAAUCAUGUUCAAUCACCAACACAACACUCGUAUCAAUAUUACGGUGAUAUCAAUGGCAGGACAGAAAACGAUAUCGACGACGCGGAGGGUGAUGACGACGAUGAAGCUGACGUUGACGACGACAUCGAAAAUAAUGAUGAUGACGUUGAACAUCACGAAGACUAUCAGCAUUGCCAACAAGAAAUACAACAACAGCCCGACAAUCAUUAUCAUUCCCAUUCCCAUUCGCAUCAGCAUAAUCAGUUUACCAUGAACAAUCGCUAUGCACGACACACAGCACGCCGACAUUUUACAAGCAGCCCAUUAAUGCGAGAUUUUGAUUUCUUUUUGGAUUCCGCGAGUCGAAGUAGCGGCGAACAAUUCGAUCAUCAGGACAGCAUUAAUCACAAUCAUCAAUCGAACAACACAAACAAUGCCAGACACAAUUACCGUUAUUCGCCCGACACUACCGACUACGAUUCGAAUUGCGGCGACUUGGAUAGUCUCUCAGGUGAACUAAAUGGUGUUUCAACGUCGUGUUCUAAUUACACAAAAUAUUACGCGUCCAGUAUGCCGGUUUUAGAGGACGGCCUUUCCUCUGGCCAUACUUCUGAUACUGAGAAUAACAACAAUAAUCAAAAUAAUCACUUACUUAGCCAACAAAAUUCUGUUAUACAACAUACACCGGUUAACGGUGGAAUUUCAAUUCUGAUGGACAUGAAACGUGCCUCCACUAAUAACAGUAUAAACAGUAUGAAUAAUAUAACCACUUCUACAACAGAUGGUGGCGGUGGUGGUGGCGGUGGUGGUGGUGGUGGUGGUGGUGGUGGUGAAAAGCAUACCGCAUUAUCACCAAAUAUAGUCCAUAGAAACCAUAGUCCGAUUGUUCUAGAAGAUACGGCAAGGGAUUCAUCUCGAGGUAAACAGGAAAGUCGUGAAUUACGCGAGAGCAGGGAACGUGAAUUUAUCGCACAGAGUCCCAGCAGAAUGAGUACAAAUCAAGUGUUUAAAAAUAUCGAUCCAGAUUUGGAUUCCUUAUACUCAAUAAGUGUAUUCCAACGUAAUGAUAUGGUUCAAAUGACUCCGCCGCCUCCAGCGCCAGCACCACAUCGCAAACCAAAUGUUAUGAGCACGGACACGGAAACUUUGCAGUCAUCAUCUUAUAGAGGAGAAAUACGCAACAACAUAAACCAUAGCAAUUCCCCAAGCAAAAGUAAUUCAAUUACUCUUUCAACUCAUAACAAUGCCAUGCAAGCGAAUGCAUCACCUACUCAAUCAAGUCAAAAACGCAAUAAUUCUGCACAACCACCACAACCACCACCACAGCCACCACCACCUCCACCACCUAUACCAGAGCGUAAUAUUCAACGUUCGCCAUCACCCCUUCUUAAUUCACCCGUAUGGUUGUCGCGUCAUUUGGAAGUUAACACUUGCAAGACCCUACUGGAAUCCUCAUCGGAAAAUCAUUCCAAAAAUUUAAGUACUGACGAGGAUGAGGUCGACACCGAUCUGGAAACAGAUCGUUUAUUGGGUCACCAACGCCUUGACGAUCAAAGCUAUUACGAAGAAAACAAAUCGUGGGUAGAUAGAAAACCUGCACGAUCAUUGCUAUCAAAAAUUUCGCCGAAACAAGUGCCGAGCACUAAAACUCGUAACGGUUAUAAUGCGUUGCUUUCAUCCACUCCGGAAAUCCCACCGCCAAUACCACCGAAAAACUCAUCCAACAAACUGCUUGAUAUUGGUGGUUCCAUAUCCUCGCCCGAACACAGCGAUAAAUCACCCAUUAAAUCGAUUGACAUACAGGACUGCGUAGUUACGAUGGGUUCGGCUGCUGGCGAUUCCGAUAAUUCUGAUUGCUUGAAAAAGGACUGUGACAGCUCUGGUCCUGGACCGAAUAACGGCAACAAUAGUUCAUCAAACAUUAGUGCUGGCAAUAAUAGCACCGGCAAUGCUUGCAAUGCUAUCUCCAGUAAUAACGAUAGUGUUGCGUCCGUUAAUAACGUUAACGUUACUACGGGCGAGAAAAAAGUUAAAAAGAGUAAGAAUAAAGAAGGUGGUGCAGUGCUCAUCGAGGGCGUUCUCUUUCGUGCUAAAUACUUGGGUUCAACGCAAUUAGUAUGCGAAGGUCAACCGACUAAGUCUACCCGAAUGAUGCAAGCUGAAGAAGCAGUGUCUAGAAUUAAGGCUUUGGCACCUGAUGGUGAUGUACAACCUAGCACUGAAGUGGAUCUAUUUAUAUCUACAGAGAAAAUUAUGGUUUUGAAUACCGAUCUUAAAGAAAUAAUGAUGGAUCAUGCUUUACGUACCAUAUCUUAUAUAGCUGAUAUUGGAGAUUUGGUUGUUCUGAUGGCGCGACGCCGCUUUGUACCGCAAGAUAUCGAUGAUGCCCCUAAACCGAAUCGAACACCGAAAAUGAUAUGCCACGUAUUUGAAAGCGACGAAGCCCAAUUUAUAGCGCAAUCUAUAGGCCAAGCCUUUCAGGUAGCCUAUAUGGAAUUCUUGAAAGCAAACGGCAUCGAAGAUCAUCGUUUCGUUAAGGAAAUGGAUUAUCAAGAAGUAUUAAAUAGUCAAGAGAUAUUCGGCGAUGAAUUGGAAAUAUUUGCCAAAAAGGAAUUACAAAAAGAAGUCGUUGUACCAAAAGCUAAAGGUGAAAUUCUCGGCGUAGUUAUAGUGGAAAGCGGUUGGGGUUCAAUGUUACCCACCGUAGUUAUAGCCAAUCUAAUGUCUACCGGUGCAGCAGCAAGAUGCGGCCAAUUGAACAUUGGCGAUCAAUUAAUAGCCAUAAAUGGCCUAAGUUUAGUGGGCUUACCACUCUCCACCUGUCAGAAUUACAUUAAAAAUACAAAAAAUCAGACUGUCGUUAAAUUUACUGUCGUUCCCUGUCCCCCAGUGGUCGAGGUGAAAAUCAAACGCCCCGAAACCAAAUAUCAAUUAGGUUUCAGCGUACAAAAUGGAGUGAUUUGUAGCUUACUGCGGGGUGGUAUAGCGGAAAGGGGUGGCGUUAGAGUGGGUCAUCGUAUUAUCGAAAUUAACAAUCAAAGUGUUGUAGCUGUUCCUCAUGAAAAAAUUGUUAAUCUAUUGGCAACAUCUGUUGGCGAAAUUUUAAUGAAAACAAUGCCGACUUCAAUGUUCCGCUUAUUAACCGGUCAAGAGAAUCCCAUUUAUAUAUAAAAUCAAACAAGUUUGUUCUAAAUAACUUUUGUAGCGUUAAGUCCCCACUAUUCUAUAAAUCUGUAAAUCACUGUAACAAACCCAAAAAAACUAAAAACAAAAAAAAACAAAAAAACAAAUUUGUAAUCAUUUAUAAAUAACAACAA